GGACACUAGGGGGAGACAGAGUUCACUAGCAGAAGCUGAAUGGGUUUCUGCUCCUAGCAAGUUGCAGCGCACCUCUCGCGGCGAGUAAAUUCUGCGGCAUGACUUCGGUUGGAUAAUAUAUGAGCGUUGCUGCCUUUUUCCCUGAAGUAUUACCUCUUUACACGCAAAGGAAACUCAAGGGGUUUCAUGCUGUAGCAGGUGUCAGACGUUGGCUCCUCGCAGGUCAGGUUGAAAGCUCUGGGGCAACUUGACGGAUGAUAUAACACAGUCCGUGAUGUUCAACCCACACAUCCAUCAACAGCAGCAGCAGCAGCAACAGCUUCAGCAACACUUGCGGCAUUUACACCAACUUUUCCAACAGCAACCUCCUCCUCCUCCACCACCGCAGCCACCCCCGGCACACCAUGUGGCCCAUCACCACCAGACGCCGCGAGCGAUUCCUGUUCCAGCUCAGGCCGCCCCUCCUCCAAGAAUGGUCAACCUGUGCCAGACAAACCAGACAACCAUUAUUGCCCCCAAUCCAAUGCUGCAGGGCGCUCUACUGAUGCAACAGAUGCAGGGCAACAUGCGGAGUUUUGGCAUGGGCGGGCAGCAGUUCCGACAGUUCUACGCCGCGGGAAGCAGGUCGUCCCUGCUCGGGCCGGUUCCCAUGGGCAUGGCCAUCAAGUCCCCCAUAAUGGGUUUCCCAGCUGCACGACCCUUCCACCCACACACUCGCUUCUUCAACCCCACCACCUCAGCCUCGGUCAUCUCUGCCACAGAUGUUGCAGCUCGCUAUGCAGACAGGAAGAGGGACAGUGAACAGAUGGCAGGAGGGAGCACAGAUGACCAGCCAGCUGCUGCAGCAGCAGCCAGCAGCACAAGUGAAGCUACUGACAAGUCUCAAGCAGAUGGUUCUGUGGCAUCGGUGGAGGAGCAGAACUCAGAGGAGCAGUUUAAGGAGCCAUUAGUGAAGAGGCAGAGGACAGAAGGGUCAGAAAAACCUAAAAUACCAAGUGGGGGUGAAACAGCCACUGCCUCUCAAUUGGAGUUGAACAGCAACACAGAGGAAAUACCACCUGAAGGCAGCAUACAGGAAGAUUCUGGCUCCAGCAAAGGGUCAGACGCUGCUGACGUACCGGAGGACACAAUAGAGAACCAGGAUUUCAGCUGUUUGUCAGCCAAAUCACCCUCCGGUCAGCCGAGCGAGGAGGAUCAGAAAGUAAAUGCACCAGCAGAAGACCACAAAGAUACCUCUUUGGCUUCCCCAGCCAGCCAGGAAGAAGAUGAGGAAGUUGUAGCAGAAGGCUCAAACAAGUUCUACUGCUACCUCUGCAGCAUCACCUGCCACAACCAGCAAAACUUCAGGAGUCACAUGAACAGCAUUUCUCACCAGCAAAGGAUGAUGGAGAUACAGUACAUGAGUAACGCCUGUCUGGUUACUUUGCUGCCACGAGUACAGGAGUCUCUUCAAGGAGCAAACAAAGAUGGAGAUAAAAAGUCUGAAUCAAAGCGAUGGUGUGCAACAUGUCACAGCCAUUUCACCUGCAGCACCACAGAGCACCGAUGCUCAGAGGAGCACAAACUUGCUACUGCAACAAAUGUCUCAUUCUGCAUCGUCUGCAAGAAACAAUUCAAGACAUCUCAAAACUUUUUGGAGCACUUGCACUCUCAGGGACACAAACAGAAGCUGCAGGAAAAAGGCUGCGACGCCUUGGUGAAGCUGACGGCGUUGGACACAGUCGAAUUUUCAUUAGAGAACGAGGAGGAAGGUGGGGGGGGUGGAGAGACGGACACUGAAGGAAAUCAAAGAGACACACAGGAUGACUGGUCAUCCCUAAAAGAAGUGACCUUAAACGACAUUUCGAGGGAUGAGCAGUACGAUCCUGACACAGUUUAUGGAUCUAGUUUUUUAGUUCCUGUCGCAGGGUUCAUCUGCAAACUCUGCAACAAGUUUUACUACUUUGACUCGUCGGCUGCACACACCCACUGCAAAUCCUUGAAGCACUUUGAGAACCUCAGGAGCUACAGAGAGUCGGUGAUUCAGAAAGGUGAAGGUAGUCAAUCCUCCAGGAAGUCUUCUGCAGCAGCGGACAGUGGCGGGACAGCAACACAGAGUUCUACAGACUGUUCAGAAGAAAAGCUGCUCUCCGUUGAAAAAGAUGUAGCCCCUAACUUAAACUCUUUGCAGUCUAUUAUUUCUGUUAACCGGCCGAAGGAGAAGCAGCCAGCAGAAACUGACUCUAACUCACAGGACUUGACCAUCUCCACAUUAAGCUCUGGCAGCCCAGACGAAGCCGUCUGCACGCAGCACAGAGAUGAAGAAAACACGCCCUAUGCAUCUGCAGCUCUAGAGAGCGAAGCCGAUUUGCCUCGUAGCAGCACAGAAGAGGCAGACUCAGAACCUGCCGCAGCGGCAGAGAAUUCAAACGACGAGGACGAAGCUCCUGCUGGUCCAGGAAAGAAGAACGGCACAGGGAAAGCGAGAACGGCACCCAAACGCAGGUCAGGGAGAGCGACAAACAGGCGCUGACUUUAAGAAGUAACGCAGACUGGAAACCACGUUGUUUUGUUACAACAGAGGACUGUAGAGAGGUGCUUUCAUGGAACUGAGACAAAUGAGUUUCCAGACCAUUAUCUCUAUGCUGGAAGGUCAGAGUUGUGAACACAACGAGGCAAUACUGAAACUGAUUGUGAAGUUAAAUUGGUUUCCCUGGUGGGAAGCUGACUGUUCUUAUAUAAAGACUGAAAUUAUCUACUGAGGAAAAGUCUGUAUUUUCAGCUCACAGUUGGAAAACUGUGUUGGCCAAACCUAAGUAAUUAAAACUGGAUCAAUUUAAAUUUAUUUAAAAAGUCAACGUUUUUGGUCCUUGAAGUGAAAUUUGAUUGUUGCAGUUGUGUGCAUCAAUCAAAUUUAAACUUGUUAGAUUGCUGUAGAGACUCAUUAUGGGGUCGUAGUAACUGCCGACAUAAGUGGACUUCUUCAAGUGCUCAGUGUUGCAGGAGAUCCAAUGAAGUCCCAUUUAAGACACUUACUUCAUUUGUAUGUUGUGCAGAAGGUGUGCUGUGUUGUUCAUCAUGUUGUGCGUUUUUAUGAAACAUUAUUCUUUGCAAAAGCAGCUCCAGAAAGUUCCAUUCUCAUCCCCAGCUCUGAUGCUGCUGCCCUGACAGAUGAUUGCAUUAAAAAAACAAACAUUCUCCCCCGCAGACCUGUAGAAGAUUCAACAUGUCAUAAGGCAAACAUUAAAGGAUGUAAACUUCCUCCAAAA